GACGUGACGAUGUGGAUGCGACGGCUCCCGGGAAGCAGGUCAAGUUGCCCGCUCGGAAGCCAUGCUUGGAUUUUAAUAGCCAUGUUCCACCUAGCCAUGGACCUUGCCAGCUGCCAGCCCCCGGCCAGCGCUGCCGGGGGGCGGCUCUCACCGCGGCCGGCACUCCGGCACAGACUGUCCCGUGGCUCCCUGUGGGGCACAGGGGGCGGGGAGGAGCUGCGGCGCCCCAGCACCCCCUGGACCUGCACCCCAGCAUCCCCUCCGCAGAGACCCCGCUCCCGCCGGUCACCCCCUGUCCCUCCACUGCCCGCCGGCCGCCCCCCGCCCCGGCCCCGCUCCCGAAGGGGCCGCCGGCACCUGCGCGGCCGCGGCUUCGCCCCACGGGAGGGACGACCCACCGCGCUGCCCGAGGUCAUCGUCUGGGGCCCCACGGGUGAGGAGGACUCCCUGGAGAGCAGCACGCUGCCCGGCACCUUCGCCACCACCGCCGCCACCACCACCGCUGCCACCACCACCGCCACCGCCGCGGCCACCGCCGCCACGCCGCCCCGCGCUGCCCCCAGCACCCCAGCUCCUGCCCCCGGGGGGGACGUGCCCCGCAGCAGCCCUGGCCGCACCAGCACCGCCCAGCCGGCCGCCGGCCACAGCAGCAGCGGCAAGGACACUCGCCCACCCCGCGGGCUGGGGGACAGCACAGGUCUGGCGGUUCAUCAGAUAAUCACUAUUACCGUGUCCCUCAUCAUGGUCAUAGCUGCUCUGAUAACAACUCUUGUCUUAAAAAAUUGCUGCGCGCAGAGCGGGCGCCCGCGGCGCAACAGCCACCAGCGCAAGCUGGAGCAGCAGGAGGAGAGCUGCCAGAACCUGACCGACUUCGCCCCCGCCCGCGUGCCCAGCGCCCUCGACAUCUUCACCGCCUACAACGAGACCCUCCCGUGCUCCCACGACUGCGGCCUCGCCCCCGUGCCCGUCUACGCGGAGGAGGCCUUGCACUCGCCUGGGGAUUAUAAAACCACCUACAAUGGAAACAGACCCUCUUCUUCUGACCGGCAUCUUAUUCCCGUGGCCUUUGUGUCUGAGAAAUGGUUUGAAAUCUCCUGCUGACUGGCCGAAGCCUGUUUGACUCUUGGGAGCAGGGCAGACGCCAUCGGGCUGUUUCCUGGAUUCCAUUGGUGAACCUGUAAAAAAUAUACAAAAACAAUGGGUUACCUGUACCUACCAUUUCUGUUUACCAGUAGGAGACUCGAAGAGCAGCGUUCUAUGGGCCAAAUAUAUUUUUAUAAAAAUGAACACGCCUGUAGGUAACUGCGUUUCUCAAAGAGCGCGUUUUUUGGAGAAAGACAAAAUGUGUGAGCAGAGAACCCAGUGGAGGAAGAGGAACCAGCAAGGGACUGAGAGGGAGGGACCGAGCGCCUGGAGCCUGGACGGGGACUGUGACUCUGAACCUGUGCCAAUAAUACCAAUAUGUGCCAUGAACUGAUGCAGAGACUUCGUGAGAAGCCGAAGCCAAGUUGAUAACGCCUGGAAACGUGGAGUAUGAGUGGGGCAUCUCUUCUGGUGGGGUCAUCCAUCCUGGUCCAUACACAUACAUACAUUAUAUGUAGAGAGAAAAAAAAAAAAAAUAUAUAUAUAUAUACACACACAAACACUUUUUGUACUGUAGCAAUUUUUGAAGAUCUUAAAUACUCAUUUUUAAAGAAGA